AUGCCUCUGUCUACCAACGAAAAGACCAACGAGACGGCAUCCACCUUGGUCAAGACUCUCCAAGGUGCCUUUCAUACUCCUCCAGGGUAUAGACCAGCCCACGCUCGAGGAAUCCUCCUCAGCGGAACGUUCACUCCAUCCUCCGAAGCCGCCGGCCUGAGCAAGGCACCACAUUUCAACCAACCGUCCACCCCGAUCCUCGUGCGGUUCUCAAACUCUACGGGCAUCCCUCAGAUCCCCGACAAUGCCAACGACGCCAACCCACGCGGCAUGGCGGUCCGCUUCAAUCUGCCGGACGUCAACGGCCGCCGCCACCACACCGACAUCAUCACGCACUCGACCCCCUUUUUUCCCCGGGCUUCCUCCGCCCCCGGAGCUCCCACGUCCCCUUCCCCCAUCGAGGAGUUUCUGGGCAAGACCCCGUCGGCCAAGGCUUUCGUCGAAGCUCCCAAGCCCACCCCGGCCAGCUUCGCCACGGAAAACUAUUUCGGGGUCAACGCCUUCAAACUUUUGUCGGCCGACGGUGGGACCGCGUUCGUGAGGUACCGCGUCACUCCGGACGCCGGUGCGGCCCACCUGUCCGACGAAGAAGCCAAAGCCAAGGACGCGGCUUUCCUGCACAACGAGAUCCAGACUCGAAUCAUCGACGGAGGGGCCAGUCUCACCCUGUCCGCCCAGGUCGCGGACCCGAACGACACCACCGACGACGCGACGGUGCGGUGGCCCGAGCAACGCAAGAUCGUCAAACUCGGCACGAUCAAACUGGAAACCGUCGUCGAUGACAACGACGAGAAACAACGUACCAUGAUUUACGACCCGGUACCCAGGGUCGAGGGUGUCGAGGCCAGUGACGACCCUCUGAUCGACAUGAGGGCCAGUAUCUAUCUGGUCUCGGGCAGGGAGAGGAGAGCGGCCGGACCUCAUCAUUGA